AUGCGUGAACUCUGUGGGAAGCGUCAAGAUCUUUGUGUUCAGAUUCUUGCAACUCCUGAGCAUUAUUGCGCUGCUCGCUUUGUUUAUCUGUCGAUACUCGGCACUCUUGCCACGUUUUGUGGCACGAAGGUCGUCUUCCGCGCGUUUGUCCACCUGUCGCUGCUUCUCUCAGUGGUCUGGGGUGUAUACAUAUACCGCGACGUUUGGCCCUUGGCAACUGUGGACCUCUCCAUGGUGGAUGCGAGUGACGGGGCGUUGUUGUGGAUGCGAGUGGCUUUGCUCUCGUUCAGUGGAGUAUUUGUACCCUUGUUCUGCCCGAGGAAUUACAUUCCCAUUGACCCGGAGGAACAGCUAGAAUUGCAUCCAGAACAGACCGCCUCUCUAUUCACGCUACUAACUUAUAUCUCUGUGGAGCCACUGAUCUGGCUCGCGUGGCGCGUCCCACGGCUGACCUACGAGAUGCUCCCCCCGUUGCCCGAGUACGACCGCCUGAAGAGCCUGGUUGGACGGAGUUUCCAUCGUUUAGACCCGCUGCAAAACCGUUCACGUAGACAUCUCGCAUUCGACCUCAUCAGUGUUUUCCGAUAUGAGCUGCUCAAUCUAGCUGCAAUGUCGAUCACUGCUGUCCUCGCUGCAUUUGCCGCGCCUCUGAGCAUCAACCAGCUCCUCACCUAUCUAGAAUCCGACAGGACAGUGACUCAUGUCCGGCCUUGGUUCUGGAUCGUGCUCUUCUUUUUGGGAAAGGUGUUCAAAGACAUCUCCGACCAGUGGUUCAUGUUCCACGAGACAAGGUUGUGUGUGCGCAUCCAAGCGAUCAUCACCGAGCUUGUAUUCGAGCACGCCUUGCGCGUGCGCAUGAAGGCGGAAACAUCCAACUCGGCGCCGUCGAGUGGCGUCAGUACGGCUGCUGCGACUCCCGACAACGCGUCUCAGGUUGGCGCCCACGGCUCGCAGGGUGACGAUGACAGUGACGGAUCAGCAGCAUACUCGCCAGCCGCGACCUCGAGUACAGCAGGACCGCUCGGUACGCCCGAUGCCGCCAAGGCGAAGGCGAAGGCCACUUCGAAGCCUGAGGCUGGGAAGGAACCGGAGUCCGUUAAUGUAGACGACACCAAGAAGGAGGAGAGCAAGCAUCUCAUCGGGAGGAUCAACAACUUGGUCUCGAGCGACCUCGCCAACUUUGAGAACGUCGGAAUACUUGUUCUGAUCGAGUCGCCCUUCCAGAUCGCGCUGUGCAUCGUCUUCCUGUACCAGAUUCUCGGCUGGAGCGCCAUCGUUGGGCUUGCAGCGAUGCUGAUGUGCCUGCCGCUACCUGGAUACUUGACUAAGCACAUUCAGGGCGCACAACAGGAGAAGAUGAAACAGAUACUGAUGGGUGUCAUACGCAUGGUGAAGUUGUUCGGAUGGGAGCCACGUAUGGCUGAGCGGCUUGACAAGAAACGUGAGGAGGAGCUCGUGGCGGUGCGCAAGACGAAGCUGCUCAAUUUGAGUAUCAACCUCUUCAACUUCUUAAUCCCAGUGGUGAUUAUGAUGUCGACUUUCUUCACUUACACUGUGAUCAUGAAACAGCAACUAACGGCAUCCCGGGUAUUCUCCUCCAUGUCCGUAUUCGACAUGCUUCACAAUUUACUUCACUCUCCUUCGCUGACUAUAUAUUUCUCUGUCACAGCGAAAGUUUCAAUUGAGAGGCUCUCCGACUUCCUGCGGAACACAGAGCUCAUCGACGAGUUCGAUGAAGACAAGGAUUCCGAGGCUGCCGAGGUCUUGUUAGACACGAUCCCUGACGAUAUGAACGCCGUUAUCGGCAUCUGCCAGGCGGCAUUCACUUGGUCAAAAGACAUGUCGCCAUCAGAGACACAGGGCGAAACGCGCAGAUGCGCGUUUGUGCUCAAGAUUGACGAAGAGUUGGUCUUCCAGAAGGGGAAGAUUAACCUGAUCACAGGUGCUACUGGUACCGGGAAGACAUCUCUGCUGAUGGCCUUGCUUGGUGGUGUGGCGUACGCUGCGCAAGAGUCUUGGGUACAGAGCGACACGAUCAAGAAUAACGUAACUUUCGGAGCUUCUUACGACGAAGUUCGGUACAACAAAGUCCUCGAGCAAUGCGCCUUGAAGCACGACCUCAACUUGUUCGACGCUGGAGACCAGACGGAAGUUGGCGAGAAGGGUAUCACACUGAGUGGCGGUCAAAAAGCUUGCAUAACGCUGGCUCGAGCCGUGUACUCUUCGGCCGAAGUGCUUCUACUAGAUGAUAUACUCGCUGCGCUAGACGUGCACACUUCAAAGUGGAUUGUUGAGCGGUGCCUGAGAGGCGAGCUCCUGCAAGGACGUACGGUAAUCCUAGUUACACAUAACGUCGCCAUGGUCAGCCCUGUUGCGGAUUUCGUCGUUGCUAUGGGUUCGGAUGGGCGCAUCUUGAGCCAGGGCUCCCUCACGAGCACGCUCGAACAUGACUCGGAAUUACUCAAGGAGAUCACGGAGGAGCGUGCAGAAAUUGAGAAGGCCGAGCAAGAAGUCACCACGCCGAAGCCCGAGACUCUGAAGGCCACAAAAAGCACCGGCAAGCUCGUCGUUGCAGAGGAAAUGGAAGAUGGACACGUUGGAUGGACGGCUUUCAAGCUGUACAUUGGCAACAUGUCGAAGAGGCCGUUAUUUUUCUGGCUCAUAUAUUUGUCUGGUCAAGCCAUGCGCCACAUCUUCGUCAACGUCCAAACGUGGUACCUCGGGUACUGGGCUUCCCAGUAUGAGACACACCCUCCCAGUGAGGUCCAAGUUGGACACUACCUUACGGUGUACACGCUCUUGGUUGUAGCGGGAAUGGCAGCUGCCACAUUUUGCAUGGUCUACUACGUCUUCGGCAGCCUCAGGUCCGCGAGGAUCGUUCAUCAAAAGCUCGUUACUUCCGUUCUAGGGACUACUCUACGCUGGCUGGAUAAAACUCCAACCGCGCGCAUCAUUGCGCGAUGCACGGGCGAUAUUCAAGCAUGUAGGUCCCUUCUCUCCCGUCUGCUCUGCAGCCCCAGGUCACCAACAAUUGUGUCUACAGUGGACGUUGGAAUCGCAGGGGCGACGGAGCAGUUCGUGGACAGCACCAUCUACAUGCUCCUGAAGAUGUUCGCAGUUGUGCUGUUUUCCCCUGUCUUCGUCGUCCCUGCUAUCAUGGUUGCUUUAGCGGGGUGUGCAUGUGGUAACGUGUUUAUGAAAGCGAAGCUGUCUGUCAAGCGCGAGUUGAGCACCUCCAAGGCACCGGUGUUGAGCCAUUUUGGCGCAGCCAUUAGCGGCAUUACAUCGAUCAGGGCAUACGGCGCACAGGAGGCAUUCAAGAAAAUCGCAUACGCUCGUAUCGAUAGGUAUACUCGUGUAGCUGUGACCCACCAGAAUCUUAACCGGUGGGUUUGGGCACGGAUAGACUUCAUUGGGACCAUCUUCGCCACCAGCCUCGCCAUCUAUCUGACGUACAUAACCAAAAUGAACGCAUCCGACACUGGUUUCUCGCUGAACAUGGCCAGUCAGUACACACGUCUCUCUCGUCGCAGGUGGGUGCAUACUCUGAAUGGAGGCCAUUCUGACGCUGAUAUAUCUGGCGAUAGUUUGGAAUGUAUACAACAGUAUCUGCGUAUCGAACACGAGCCGAAGAAUACUCCAGAGGGUGUGCCGCCAGCGUAUUGGCCAGCAAGUGGGAAUCUUUCGGACGGCCCGAAAGUGCUACAAGACAUCUCGUUCGAAGUAGCCUCUGGAGAACGCAUCGGAAUUGUCGGCCGUACUGGAAGUGGAAAGAGCUCGCUCACGCUGUCGCUGCUGCGUUGUAUCCUCACGGAGGGCAACAUCCGGUACGAUGGGCCGGGGCUACUGACUAACAAGGUCAACCUGGAUGCCCUGCGCUCCAACAUGACCAUUAUCCCCCAAGUGCCGGAGCUUCUGAGCGGCACCCUUCGCCAGAACCUCGACCCGUUCUCGGAGCACGAUGACGCCGUCCUAAAUAGCGCCCUGCCCUCCGCCGGCCUGUUCAACCUGCAGAACGAGGACGACCAGUCUCGCAUCACGCUCGACACAGAGAUCGCGGGAGGAGGUGCGAACCUGUCUGUAGGACAGCGGCAGAUCCUGGCUCUCGCUCGGGCUAUCGUGAGGCGGAGCAAGCUGCUGAUUCUCGAUGAAGCGACCUCUGCGGUUGAUUACGAGACGGACUCGGUUAUUCAAACUUCGCUGCGUUCCGAGCUUGGCAAGGAUGUGACGCUGCUCACGGUCGCACAUCGUCUGCAAACGAUCAUGGACGCGGACAAGAUCAUGGUCCUCGAUACAGGGCGUAUCGUUGAGUUCGGCAAGCCUAGCGAGUUGCUUCAGAACGAGAAGGGUAUGCUUCGCGCGCUGGUGGACGAGAGCGGUGAUAAGGAGAAGCUUUACGCGAUGGCGAUGGGCGUGUCGUUUCAUGCCUGAGACCUGUGGUCGGACAUGGUCAUAUGGCUUGACUCAUUGCUCGUUGUACUCGG